CGCAACACAAAAGCCGGUCGCUUAUUGGUUGAUAUAUUUCUGCGAAUGAAUUUGAAAAAGCUUCUUGCCAACUGCUGUGCUGCUGGAGUACCUCGACGAGCAACAGUAAACGGAAUAAAAAGAGUAAAUAAACUUAAACAGAAACAAAAUGGCGCCUAGAAAAAGGACCACUAAUGCCAAGAGCAAAAAGAACCCCAAGAUGCCCAAACUGGAAGCUUUCCUGCUCGACUUUGAUGAUGAAGUAAAUACAAUUGUUAAGAGGUUGAAUGAGAAGACCAACAACCUUCUAAAAGAUGCAGACAACCUGUACAACAUGACUCUGAUCAAGCUUCCCAUGGCAGUGCGACAGAUGAACUGGAUUCAGUAUUGCGGUUCUGAAAAACCAGAAACGCCAGUGGAUGAAUCAAAGCAAAAAGAGGAAGCUGCUCAGGUGGAGCUCACCAUCGCUCAGGAUCAUACAGUUCCCCCCAAAUCUGCCAAAAAAGAUUCAAAGUCUAGUGUAAAGUCUGAAGAUGAAGAGAAUUUGGUGCCGAAGUCAACAACCAAAAAGGGAAGAACAAAGAAAGCACCAUCAACUACCAAGAAGGUCAGAGCUCUCUCUGUGAGCAAGCAGAACGGCACUAUUAGAAAAUCCACCAGGAAGCAGCUGGUCACCCCAGCCAGAAGUUUCUUGGACUCCUCCAUCAUCGGUCCAACUCCACUCGUCACACCCCGAUUUGACUCCAGGUUGCCCAAGACCCCAGCAGUACGAGUUCCUCGUCACAGAGAGAAGGUGUACAGCAUCUCUGUGAAUGGAUCUCCCAUCGCUGGAGGCACAGAGGAUAUCGUCAUCAAUGUCCCUCUGGGCAACGGAGAGUGCAUUCAGCUGCUGGCCAGUGAGAUGGAUUCUGUGGAUCUGAGUCAGCUGGAUGAGAAAGCGAUGCACAGUAUCAGGCGGCUGCAGAACCGACUCACAGCUCUCUGUGGAACCUCAGAGUGAAGGCCUGAGAUUGCACUUGAUCAACUUUUUCAGAGCUUUGUAUACACCACUCUGUAUUUUCAGUCUUUGUCUGUUUAUAUCAUUGCUUUUUCAAUUCUCAUUUUUUUAACCUCAUGCCUUUUUUUUAAAAAAAAAAAAAUCCAUUUCUUUUUCCUGUUGUAUAUUGUCAUGGGCAUUGUCUCACUGUACUUCUGGUCAGAGUGUACUGUUCACUUAUGCAUUUUAUUUUGUAAAUAUGAUCCAAAAUAGUAACCAGAUGUUUCUAAUGUUGUUUAGCCUUUUUUUUUU